AUGGCACGGCUAAGGAGGAAGGCGUGCAUAGCUCUGUUUCUUUUUACGCUAUUCGUCUUUGGGACCAUGAUGGGACUGAGGACCCUGAAGCCCAGUGACGGCUUCUCGGAUCUGGCUCCGGGCUUGGAGCUUCUGCCGAUGAUAGGGGAGAAGAUGGACCGGCGCUCAGUAUCUCGGGAUGGGACCGCAUCCCCGGGUCAAGCCCGUCCGCCUGGCAGCGACGCCAAAGCAGCGUUGUCUAAUACCGGCCCGGAGGGGACCAUAUUUUAUGAUGUUCAUAUUUUUUACUAUAUCUGGUACGGCAGCCCACAUAUGGACGGCAAAUACAUUCACUGGGACCACAUCCUAGUCCCACACUGGGACCCCAAGAUCGCAUCCAGCUACCCGAGAGGGAAACACAUGCCGCCCGAGGACAUCGGCUCCAGUUUCUACCCUGAACUCAAUCCGUACAGCUCGCGGGAUCCGGAUGUGUUGGAGUCCCACAUGGAGCAGAUCGGAGCAUCCGCAGCAGGUGUUCUGGUCUUGUCCUGGUAUCCUCCUGGCAUAUCUGAUGACAACGGGGAACCUGCUGAGGAUUUGGUACCAGCUGUACUGGAUGCAGCAUAUAGACACAACCUCAAGGUUGCAUUCCACAUCCAACCAUACAGAGGACGAAACGAUCAGAGUGUGCACGACAACAUCAAGUACAUCAUUGACAGGUACGGUGACCAUGGAGCCUUCUACAAGUUUACUACCAGCACAGGGAAGAGUCUUCCAAUGUUUUAUAUCUACGACUCCUACCUAACUCCACCCGAGUCCUGGUCUGAAUUUUUGACCCCCACUGGCUCCCACAGUGUGCGUGGCUCAGCUUACGACUCCAUCUUUAUAGCCUUGAUUGUGGAGGAACGUCACAAGCACGACAUCCUUGCAGGCGGCUUCGAUGGCAUGUACACUUACUUUGCCUCCAACGGCUUCUCCUUUGGCUCUUCUCACCAGAACUGGAAGGCCAUCAAAGCUUUCUGUGAUGGAAACAACCUCCUUUUUAUCCCCAGUGUGGGGCCUGGUUAUAUUGACACCAGCAUCCGCCCAUGGAACAACCACAACACACGCAACAGGGUGAAUGGGCGUUACUACGAGACAGCCCUGCAGGCGGCACUCAAUGCACGCCCAGAGAUUGUCACCAUAACGUCUUUUAACGAAUGGCACGAGGGGACGCAGAUCGAAAAGGCUGUGCCUAAAAAAACAGUGACCCGUGUUUACUUGGACUAUCAGCCACAUGGACCUGACCACUACCUGGACCUGACCCGCCGCUGGGCCGAGCAGUUCAAUAAAGAAAAGGAGCAGUGGCUCAUGUGAGCUUUCAUCAAACGGACUUGAAACAGCAUGCUGCAGUGGAAGUGUGUGCAUACAUGAAAGAGAAAGAGCAAUUGAUUGAUGUAACUAUGAGUGGAGAAGGACAUGCAUUUACCUUUUUAACAUGGCUGGAUGUGAGAUGUUCUAUAGGCGAGUGUGCAAAAUGCAAGAACAGGGCAGGAACUGUAUCGACAUCCCAGACUUCUAAAAUGUUCUGUGGGUUUGUCUCUGAUGUAUUUCCU